GGAGGAGUCGAGAGGGAAGGACGGGAUUCUCAUUACCACUGCCGGUUAUAGGUUGGAUUAUUUACAGCCAGCGUGACGCUGAGAUACCUUUAUGUUAACAUCACAACAACCUGCAACAACAUGAUUGAUAACAAACGUGUUGUAUCCCAUUUCGUGGAAUAUGAAGACGUUAGUAUCGCGCUUGUACACCGGCAGCACUUCCGUGUAGUGAUAAUAUUUAUGUGAUGCAAAAUGUGCACGCAGCGCUGUAUCUUCUUUACAUUUCCGUUGCUGUCAGACACUUACAUACAGUUUCGUAUUUUCUUUGCAAAGUACUGGCGCCGGCACACUAUUUCCUAACAUGUCUUGCAGCGAGCAUGAACAUUUGCAUUAUUUUCCAUUUAUUUUCAAAUUUUCAACUUGUUCCGAAUAAAAUUUCUUUGUCUCAAAAAGGCAAUAAUAACUUUAUGAGUGAAUGUUGUGUUAAUUGUCACUAUCUACUUGACAAGUGAAAUGUCUGUAAACGAGUAUUCUCAAGUACCAACUGAACCGCGAUAGUCGACCUGCUGAUAUGUGUACACCUACGGUACGUAUAUUGUACUCGUAUUUCUGACUUAUUUUAAUAAUCAACAUGAACGUACUUAGGAUCCUAAUGCCGCCAUGUAUAACCUGCACAUAUUUCACUGCUUAGUCAGUAUUCGGAUGAUGUUCUAAUUUUAUUCAAAUUUAUUCGCCAUAUUUUAUGUUGUGACUCGCGAGCAGUACACAUGCGUGUGCUCAUGGAGAUGUCCUACAUGUUUUCGCCCCUACCGGAUGCAUGACUCCAUCGGCAAAAAUUUUCACUUUUUUAUUUAUUAUUAUCAAUGACCCUUGCUAUAAGUGAAUCACCGAUGCUGCAUCAGCCAGAAGCCCCCGUUCGCUGUUCAUCUGGGCCAUCGCAGCACCACAAAUCCCCGUUAAUUGGGCACAUGUUGUUAAUUCUCGUCGCCAUGGCCAUGGAACGAAGCCGGCAGUCGGCGCGUGAAUGCCGCGCCAGAAAAAAGCUUCGCUAUCAAUAUUUGAGUGAUCUCAUACAGGACCGAGAAGGAACGGUGGAUAAAUUGCAGUCCGAACUUUCUGUGCUGGAACGGUGGGCGCAACAAAUAGAUCAAGGAACAAUCCCACCGGAACUGCAUAAUACUGCACCGGUGCCGUUCAGUGCCACCGACACCAUAUCAUCCGUCAAUGGUGCAUUCAAUCCACCUGCACUAGCCACCACCUCAUCGAUCUUCUUGCAAAGAACUCCUGUAGAUCACCAGUUUUCCGCCGAUUUCAUCUCAACCCUAUUCGAACCACCAACCACGACCGCCGUUGUUCAUCAGCCUAAUCCGAUGCCGCCUUACAGUGAUACAAUGGCAUUUUUUCGCCUGCCAUGAACCGAAAAUAUACUGAGACGACUGCUCGUUAGACAAAGUAUUAAUAUAUUUUUCUCUACCGUGUGGAGUUAUUUAUUUUAUGACCAAAAUACGCUUUGGAUGCAAAUGUUUAUUCUUGUACAAAGUGCUACCGGAAAAUUAAUAACCGUGUUAUUUUAAAAAAUUUGAGCAAUGGUUACAAAGAAAGAAUGAUUAAUAUAGUCAAUGCAAUGGC